UAACCAGCUGAUCACCUUGUAGGAGCUAGUCUUAUGAGAUCACGACGCCAGUUUAAUAUUUGUUCCUAAUACCCUUGCAGGAUAUCAUAUUUAAUUUGUCAUACACCGGGUCGUUUAGGAUAUUGACUAGUUGAUCUUUUUAAUUUGAAAGCUGAGAAAGGCCAUACGUUUCGACGAAAGGACAAGAUGUCGGCAAAAGACAGGAUCGACGUUUUCCCCUCCAGAAUGGUUCAGACCAUCAUGAAGGCCAGACUGAAGGGGGCGCAGACAGGUCGCAACCUGCUCAAGAAAAAGGCAGACGCUCUCUCAAUGCGCUUCCGUCAGAUCCUACGUAAAAUCAUAGAGACCAAGACCCUGAUGGGAGAGGUAAUGAGAGAGGCGGCCUUCUCAUUGGCUGAGGCUAAAUUUGCUGCCGGGGACUUCAGCACGACUGUGAUCCAGAAUGUAAACAAGGCCCAGGUGAAGGUCCGUGCUAAGAAGGACAACGUUGCUGGUGUUACCCUCCCAGUGUUUGAACACUACCAGGAGGGAGGCGACAGUUAUGAGCUCACUGGUCUGGCCAGGGGAGGAGAGCAGGUCUCCCGGUUGAAGAGGAACUAUGCCAAAGCAGUGGAGCUUCUUGUAGAGCUGGCCUCCCUACAGACUUCCUUUGUGACGUUGGAUCACGCCAUUAAGAUCACCAACCGCCGUGUGAACGCCAUCGAGCACGUGAUCAUCCCUCGCAUCGAGCGCACCCUAACCUACAUCAUCACAGAGCUGGACGAGAGAGAACGAGAGGAGUUCUACAGGCUGAAGAAGAUCCAGGAGAAGAAGAAGCAGCUCCGUGAGCGGACGGAGAAGGAGAUCGCUGAGCGGCUGGCGGCCCUGGGCCCCAUCGCCGAGCCCACCAACAUGCUGAUGGACGAGCAGGACGAGGACAUGCUGUUUGAGUGAGGGCUGUGUGUGUGCGUGGGCGCCGAGAUCGGCCACGACGCCCGACUCUCGCUCUAUUUAUUCUGUACCUCGCCGGCCGUGUUAAGUCUUGUUGUGUAAAUGGGUGAAAAGAGCAAUGUUUGUCUGUGACGUUUUCUUUUGGUUAUAUUGUUUACAGUAUUGUACGAUUUCCAGUGACUGUCGGGGCUGCGUCAAACGUUGCCCGUACCAAGUGAUGGCACUUGGUCAACGAAAAAGAAAUUAUAUUUAAAUGAGACAAAAAUAGACGUAUAUAAAUUAGAAAUACUUAAGUGUGGUGGGAUGAGGUUGUAAAUAUUUCAGUUUCCUUGCAUCAUUCAGAGCCAUUGCAUGCUGCUCAGUGUGGUUGUUAAGGUGCUUGUCGAUUUCUCCCCCUUCCGGACCCUUUUUACAGGGGUGUCAACAUGUGUGGGUUAUGAGCGGCAUGUAGGUGUCUCACUAAUUACAGCUCCUCUACCUUCAUGUAGCAGGGCAACGGUAAUGGACUUGACUAGUGAGGAAAACUCACACGACCCGUGCCCCGGUACAUUAAACUAGCAGAUCAGUAACUAGUGUUAUGAGUGACGGCGCUGUUCAUGCUGCGAUGAACCCUCUGUGAAAAGGGUCCGAGUCUGUACUGUACUGACAAACCAUCCCAGUGCUUGUCCCAAAUCCUGGGCUGGUUGAACCUAAAAGGUGGAUGGUUGCACCAUUGCACCAGAACAUUGUACGUGUUAUGUUUCCCGUCAAAUGUAGGGCUACUAAUAAAUAAUGGUCCAACAUUUUCUUCUGAAUAAAGUGAUCUGAAUAUUGAAACAAACUGUCAACGUUUAAUUUUAAGGAAUAAAAGCUUUGGAAGUCA